GCUGUCAUAUCGGAUUCAGUUAACUUCUGUUCCGUGAACAAGUGGCAUUGGAGCUAGUGGAUAGACAGCUAUUGCUUUCUAGUUAAAGAUAAGCGAUCCUUAUUUUAUUACUGAGUGUUUUACGUACCGAAACGUGUUAGAUUUAUAAGCUAUUAAUUGAAACGUAGUUUCUGUGGUUUUAAAAUUGUGCGAACAAAUUUGGAAAUAGAGUAUAGAAAAAUGGUUAAAAUUUCAAGCGGCAAUACGAGUGACGAUUUUCAUACUUCUGAACAAUACAGAGAUUGUUCAAAUUUGUUGAAAGAAGCAGAAGAUCCUCCAUUGGAAGAAUUGGACCCAGCUAUUCUUAGUUGCGGAUUGCCAGCGAUUAUGCUUUCGGACAUUCAUCCGAUACUAGCGGCUCCUAUACGCUACACAGUUAGCCAAUUGCAAGCCAUCCGUAAACAUUCACUUAGUUUCCGACGUCCGGCUAUAGCCGAUGAUCCUAAGCUAGCCCGUUUCGGCAUAUGGCGCCCAUCGAAUGCGCAUAGGAAAUCGUGCCUCAAAGAACGAAAACCCAACCGAGUUGAUGAAACGAGCAAAGAACGUUCACCCAAUGCUCAUCAUGGCCGCGACAAUGGAUUUGUCGCUCCAAGAGUUCGUCGCAACUAUGAGUUUAGUAAUCGCAAUCACCACGUGAUUGUGAAGAGCUACAAAAGUGAUGAGUAUCAUCGUCUGCAGGAUACAGCUAUAGAGGAAGAGCCCGAGUGGGUAGCCUCCGGCCCAACAUCUCGUCUAGAUACAAUUGAACUACACGGAUUCGAUGAUGACGUGUCAAUGAGUGCCCUUUCGACAUCCCAAACAUCACUGGAGAAAAUCGGCUCGACCGAAUCGAAGGUUGCCGGCAGCAAAGCCACCGGGAAACAUAUCUCGUUCUACGACGAACUGCAUCACUAUGAGCAUGUACAUUCGAAGCGUACAGGGGGCAACGUUUCGAAACAGCACGAUACUUCUUCUGGAAGAGAGAACGAUAUGGAAAGUGUGGCUACUUCAAGCACUGGUUCGCCUCCACCGGCUCGGAGCACUCCGACCAAAAGUAUUUCUGACACCACCAAUAGUUAUACAUCUGGACAAAAAUUGUCUCAACAAUCACAAAAUAACAGCAUUAAUGUCAACAACUUCGAGGAGUUUAUGAAGUUUGAAUCGCUGUUCGGGUCGGACAAUGGUUCUGUCGGCCAAACAGGAUCUCGUUUCAGUAAAUGGUUCCGACGGGGUAAUAACGCAUCCAACCAAAUUUCCCAUCAAGACGUACGCCGAGCUUCGUAUCAUCCUUCCAACGAUACGUUUGGCAAUGUUUACAACGCAAACGGACAACGUUACCAACAAGAACGGCACCCACAACGCUUCUCGAACGGGACGGCGCAGUGCCCUCGUAGCUACCAAGGACCGGCUGCUUUCGAACAGCACAAUCCAAUAAAUGCGGCUGCAUCGAACACGGCUCUCAAACGGUUGGUCGAGAUGGUGGCCCAGAACCGAGCUAACAAUAACUUGCUUGCACAGCAGCAGUACCUGAUGCAAUUGCUGAAUAAAAACCAGCAAAGUGAAAUAUUACGUCGCAUGCUUAUGAAGAACACUGUGGAUAAUGCAGCCGAUUCCGGUCAGCAGCAAGCACCACCGCAACAGCCACAACAACCCCGUAUCCCGACGCAACGUGAACUUCAAUUCCAUACUCAGAGCAUCAUGCAGAACGCUCUGUUACGCAAGAAGCUGCAGGAUCAACGCAAGAUGCUCUUUGAGCAAAAUAAUCAGAUGGCAGUCAUGGCUGCUGCAGCAGCCGUCUCGGCUGAACCGAAUGCAACUGUUCAACAAUUUGUUCAAUCGGUUUGCCCGAACGUCCAACGGAGCCUUUCGGUUCUCGGCCAAACCAAAGCGAACCAACAUAAUCAGCAGAAAUUUGAUCAAUCGUUCCUUAACGGAAGUGGCCAAACCCAGCACGAUCUGUCCGCUUCAUUGCAGCAGAUGCUGCUCUCACCCCCUCAACAGCGCUCGGUUGGGUGCCGCUUCGGAAAGGCCUAGGACCUCAUCGCAGUGCAUUACUACUUUAUCGUUAACAUGAGAGUUGAUUUCUCUAAGUAUAUAUCUUCCAGUCUAGGAAGCGAUCUAUAGCAAAGUUAGCAUUCGUAUUUUUUACAAACCAUUGUUCCUUUUUCUCUUUUGAAGAUGUAUGUGUUAUGUUGAGAUUGCGCAUAUUUACUGCUAACAGUUUGUUCCGUUUUUUGUAUCUACUUUUUUUAGCAGAAUCGUGGCAAAAUUCAGGCUCGCACAGGUGUGCGGCACCUAAACUUUUUUUUUCACUCUGGUAUUAGUUCUAAGACGAUUGUUUGUAAAUUACAAGAACAAAAAGUUCAACUAUGUAGGCGAUCAUCAAAGACGUCGUAUUAUAUCGUUAUAUUUCCAUCUCUUAUUAAUCAUUGUUAUCGAACAGCGCUAAGCUGGCGAUAACUAUUAGUACAUAGUUUUAAACAAACUGAAUUGGAUAUAGUAAAUUUAUAACCCAAACUUUAUAAUAGAUAUUUGAUUUUGAAAAUA